AUGGGUUCUUCUUCAAGUAAAUCCUCGUCUUCUGUGACGGUUGCUUCUUCAAUAGAUUAUAAAGCAAAACCAACAAUAGACGAAUUAGGUACAUCAAAUUAUAGUGGUGGUUUAGAAGUUUCAAAAAAUCUGUUAGACUUUAAUUUAGGUGAAAAACCAUGCCCAUUAAAGUCGGUUGUACAAGAUCAAUUCACAAUUAGUAAUUCAAGUAAAACAAAAUUAAAGUUUCAUUUUGAACCUUUACAACCAAAAGAAUUUCAAUUAAGUUUUAGUCCUACAUCUGGAUCACUUGAUAAAGGAAAAAGUAAAACAAUUAAAGUUAAAUUAAUGGUUAAUCAAAAGAUAAAUACAAAUCAUAAAGUUGUAUUAAGAGUUGAAGGUGGAGCAUCACAUUUUUUAACGGUUAAAAUUAGAUGUGAAACUGGUGUGUUUGGUGUUGAUCCAAAUACUUUAGAGCAUGUUGAAGAUGAAGGAUUUAGAGUACCAUAUAUUUUAGCAUUAAUGAAAAGAUCUUUAAUUGAUAAUGGUGGUUUACAACAAGAAGGUAUUUUCCGUUUAGCUGGUGAACAAACUGAAAUUAAACGUUUAAAAGAAGCAAUGAAUAGAAAUGAUUUCACUUCUUCAACUGAUAUUAAUACUGUUGCUUCUUUAAUUAAGAUUUGGUAUAGAGAAUUACCAACACCAAUUUUAAAUUCAAUUCCAACAGAAAAGAUUUUCUAUAGUACAGAUAUUGAUGAAUGCGUUCAAUCAGCAAAGAAUUUACCAGAACCACAAAAAAGUUUAUUAGAUUGGUUAAUGCAUUUAUUAUUAAUGGUUUCAAGUUUCUCUGAUGUCAAUAAAAUGACAGCUCAAAAUUUAGCAAUCGUUGUUGCUCCAAAUUUAUACGACGUAUCAAGUUCAAAUCCAAUGGAAGGUUUAGUUCUUUCCCAAAAAUGUGUACAAUUUUUACAUAAUGUUUUAUCUCAUAAAGUUGCUGUCCACAAAAGAGAAUCUGUUGCAUAUGAAGUUUUAAGUUAA